UUUGCCAUCUCUUCCCCCACCAAUUUUUCUCCCACUUCCCUUCAUUUCAUUUUCUCUCCUUCGCCUGCUUUCCUGCAGAAAGAGGGGCCAAAUUUUCUCGCAGAGAAAAUCAAGGCCACCAUGGACAGCCUCGAAAAUGAAGCGUGUCUGUUCAUAGGCGAAGACAAAGAAGAAGAAUGUUCUGGGAUAUCAGAGUUGAAUCACUCGCUUGAAAACUUCAAACGAGAAAAUUUCAGUGACGAGCUGCAGAAUCAUCAUCAAGAAAGAACCUUGUACUGGGAAUCUCAGGAGGCCAUGCUUCAGGAAAUCGUAGAGAGAUACAAGAGGGUAGGUUGGGAAUUAAGAGAAGAGGUUGGAGAAAUAUUGGAAGAGGCCAAGAAGGUCCCACAAUAUGGAUAUGGAUGCGAGUGCAGGAAACCCAACUCAACGACGUCGUAUGGGUGUUCCCACUGUUUAAGAACACUUGUGGUUUCAUUGCUUUCUCUCAGAGGUUACAGUGCCUCCCUGCGCCUCUCCAAAUGGGAUUCCACUAAAAGCCUCCCCGGAGGUUCACAUCAGUAUAUAGAAGUGAUGCCAAACACACAAACAAGAAAGAAGCAAAUGUCAUAUCUAAUUGAAUUGGAGCUAAGAGACCAGUUUCAGAUUGCAAGAGCAGGAGAAGAAUAUAAGAAACUAUUGUCAUUGUUGCCGGAAUUCUAUGUCGGUCAGCCGGAGUACCUGACGGCGAUUAUCCGAGUCAUGUGUGGUGCUGCCAAGAGGUCAAUGAAGGAGAAGAAGAUCCACUUGGGUCCAUGGAGGAAGAGCAACUUCAUGCAAAUGAAAUGGUCAGGCCAUAGCAACAACACUUGGACUUCUACACUUCCUUCAUUCCACCAUCUCAUGCAAGCAACCAAUGAAGCUUCCAUUAGGGUUUCUAGAGCUCAUACUUUGGUAGUCACUUAACUAAUUAAUUUUUUAAUAUAAUGAGGGAACAUUGUUUUUGGCUAUUCGCUCUAGUGGAUUUGGAUUUAUGAUGGUUGCAUGUUUUCAGUCCAAUUUUGAUGGAAAUAGUUCUAUUUUAAGUUUUAA